CUUGGGUCUACAUCUACUUUAUUAAAAACUAAAAAAUAAAAAUUUUAAAUUAAACAUGCUGUGGGCCCACACAACUAUCCACCAAGCAAGCAUAAAUUUCUCCCAUUUUUAUUAGCCCACACAGCAAAAAAUUGCAGAGGCGCGUUUGAGCUACAGUGGUCGAUACAUACAAUUUCUGUUUUCGUUUUGUUUGGAGAGGAUGACUAUCGGCGCCGGAGAAGAAAUAUCGGCGGCGGAGGUCCCUCUGCUCAACGACGUCGUCCCGAGGUCCAUGGACUUCAGGGGGCGGCCCUCCGUCCGAUCGAAGUCCGGCUGCUGGAAAUCCGCCUCGUUCAUCAUAGGAGCUGGAGUGGCGGAGAGGCUGUCGUACUACGGAAUAAGCAUGAAUCUGGUGAACUACCUGACCGGAAAGCUGGGGCAGCCGACGGCGACGGCGGCGUCUGUACUGAACGCGUGGUAUGGAACGGCGUCGCUUUUGCCAAUUUUGGGCGCGUUUAUAGCAGAUUCGUUCACCGGGAGGUUUCGUAUGAUCAUCGCGUCCUGCGUGCUUUACGUGACGGGACUCAGCUUCCUUUCCCUGUCGGCCGUACUCCGUUCGGCUGACGCCUCUAAAUGCAAUCCCGCCGCAAAUUACACUGCCAGCUGUACCCCUAACCAUCUCCAGCUCACAUUCUUCUUCUUCUCUCUCUACCUAGUCGCCAUAGCACAAGGCGGGCUCACGCCAUGCGUGCAGGCCUUCGGGGCCGACCAAUUUGACGAGGACGACGAGGAUGAAUCCGAAUCCAAGAGCUCGUUUUUCAACUGGUGGUACUGUUUCUCGUCGGGGUGUAUAGUCGUGCCCCUAUUUGCCCUCACCUACAUUCAGGACAACGUGAGUUGGGAGCUCGGGUUCGGUAUUCCGGCCGUUGUCAUGUGCCUUACCUUGGUUCUGUUCUUGGUCGGGUGCCCGACCUACCGGUUCCGGGUCAACCCGGGCGGGAUGAACCCGUUCGUGCGGAUAACUAUAGUUUUCGUGAAGGCCGUCAGAAACUGGCGCAGCGCAACCCCCGAGCCUGAGUUGUGCGAAGAGGAAGGAGUUCUUCCGCGUACCGGUUCUCAAUUCAGGUUUCUCGACAAAGCAUUGCUGACGCGAGACGGCUGGGCAGAGGACGACAACAAGGUAUGCUCGGUUGGUGACGUGGAGGACGCGCGGUCGAUCCUCCGACUGAUCCCCAUAUGGUUCGCGUGCCUCGGCUACUCGAUCGUGUACGCCCAACCGGCGGCCCUCUUCACGAAGCAGGUAGCGACAAUCGACCGGCGAGUCACCCCGUCUUUCGAGAUGCCGGCCGCCUCGAUCCAGCUCUGCUUCAUCUCCGCCGUCGUGAUGGUCUCCCUCCCGCUCUACGACCGGGCCCUCGUCCCCCUCGCCCGCAAAAUUACCAAAACGCCCUCUGGCAUCCCGACCCUUGGCCGCAUCUCGUUCGGCCUCCUCCUCUCCCUCUCCUCCAUCGUGAUCGCGGCCCUCGUCGAGCAGCACCGCCUCUCGACUGCCCGGGACCACGGUCUAGCCGACCUCCCGGGGGCCGUGGUCCCGAUGAGCGUGUGGUGGUUCGCGCCCCAAUACGUAUUGUCCGGGGUAGCUGACGUUUUCGCGAUGGUCGGCUUGCAAGAGUUUUUCUAUGGGGAAGUGCCGGCCGAGCUCAAGAGCGUGGGGCUUGCCAUGUACCUUAGCAUACUCGGGAUCGGGAGUCUGCUCAGCAGCUUCCUCAUCUCGUCGUUACAGGCGGCGACGAGCCGUGGGGGCCGACCCGGAUGGUUUGCGGACGAUUUGAACCGGGCCCACCUCGACUACUUCUACUGGAUGCUGGCUGGGAUGAGCGCGCUCGGGUUCGUCGCCUUCACGUGCUUCACCAGGUCGUAUGUGUAUAGAAGAACCAAGGUUCAUUUGUAAAAAAUGACACGAAAAAACGAAAAAAAAAAAAGAGAAAACAAAAAGGAAAAAGGAUCGCGCGUUUUUUGGUUUUGUUUUCGACACCUAAGCUUUCCGACGAAUACCACCGCCUCGUCUAGUUUAUGUCGAUCGGCCGACGAAAAUGUGGUGGCUUUAGGUGGUGUAUUAAUAUAAUCUUGUGUUGUUAGUUACUGCGAUGUGUGUUUUAUGACUUCGCAGGGUAAUUGUGGGAUGAGUGAAAGUGGAAAUUAUGGUGUUAAAAGUUUGUUUGUGUAUACGGAGGUUGGGAAGUGGAUAGAUGUAUAAAUGAAGAGAAGCCAUGUACAGGGAAAAUGGAUGGAUGCGCCUGUUAACUGUCCAGAAUUUGUUUAAAAUUUCACUUGCUCCAGAAAUGUGGAAACAAAUUGUUUUUUUAAGAGCUUGUUUCUAUUUUGUGUUCUCCAUUCAAUUC